AUGACUGAUCAAACAUUAUUAGUAAAAGCUCGAAAAGCUCGAUUUGAUGACUUACCGAAUUUUUCCGGACAUCCUUCUGAGGAUGUCGAACGAUUUUUAAAAAGUAUCAAGAAUAUGACGAAUGCUAAUGAUGAAUCCGACAAUCACGAAAUUCUAGAAAUUGUUCGUGGCAAAUUAACCCAAUCAGCUGAGAUAUGGUUCGAUAAUAAUGAAAAUAAAUUCAACAAGUGGGCAAAUUUCGAAACUGCAUUUCGAAAUCGCUAUUUUUCAACAACAAUGAUGCAUAAAAAAUUUGAUACAUUAAAGCAACGAAAACAAUUAUAUGACGAACCGGUUACAUCUUAUUUUGAUGACGUUGUUAAUCUAUGUCGGGAAAUUGACCCAGCUAUAUCAGAACAAAUUAUCAUUCAACAUUUAAUGAGUGGAGUUAACCCUGAUUUUAAAAAAGAACUUUCAAGACCUUUACCAUCACAUAUAAAUAAAAAUAGAAUGGCUGAUCAAACAUUAUUAGCAAAAGCUCGAAAAGCUCGAUUUGAUGACUUACCGAAUUUUUCCGGACAUCCUUCUGAGGAUGUCGAACGAUUUUUAAAAAGUAUCAAGAAUAUAACGAAAGCUAAUGAUGAAUCCGACAAUCACGAAAUUCUAGAAAUUGUUCGUGGCAAAUUAACCCAAUCAGCUGGGAUAUGGUUCGAUAAUAAUGAAAAUAAAUUCAACAAGUGGGCAGAUUUCGAAACUGCAUUUCGAAAUCGUUAUUUUUCAACAACAAUGAUACAUAAAAAAUUUGAUACAUUAAAACAACGAAAACAAUUAUAUGACGAACCGGUUACAUCUUAUUUUGAUGACGUUGUUAAUCUAUGUCGGGAAAUUGACCCAGCUAUGUCAGAACAAAUUAUCAUUCAACAUUUAAUGAGUGGAGUUAACCCUGAUUUUAAAAAAGAACUUUCAAGACGUGAAUCAUCUAUGAACACAUUAAACGAAUUUUUAAAAUACGUAAAAAUUG